AUGGAGAGGGGCAAUCACACAGUGACUGAGUUCAUCUUGCUGGGCUUCUCAACAGACCCUGUGAUGCAGAUGAUCCUGUUUGUCCUGUUCCUUGGAGUAUAUUCUCUGACACUGCUGGGAAACACGACCCUCAUCAUAUUGAUCUGCAGUGACGCCAGGCUCCACACACCUAUGUAUUUCUUUAUUGGAAAUCUGUCUUUUUUGGAUCUCUGGUAUUCCUCUGUGUAUACUCCAAAGAUCCUAGUGACCUGCAUCUCUGAAGACAAAAGCAUCUCCUUUGCUGGAUGUCUAUCUCAGUUCUUCUUCUCUGCUGGAUUGGCCUAUAGUGAGUGCUACCUACUGGCUGCCAUGGCUUAUGAUCGCUAUGUAGCCAUCUCUAACCCCCUGCUUUAUGCUCAAGCUAUGUCAAGGAGGUUGUGCAUCUGCUUAGUUCUAUAUUCCUAUACAGGAGGCUUUGUCAAUGCAACAAUAUUAACCAGCAACACAUUCACGUUGGAUUUUUGUGGUGACAAUGUCAUCGAUGACUUUUUCUGUGAUGUUCCACCUCUGGUGAAGUUGGCAUGUGAGGUCAGGGAGAGUUACCAGUCUGUGCUGUACUUCCUCCUGGCCUCCAAUGUCAUUACUCCCACCCUGCUCAUCCUGGCCUCCUAUCUCUUCAUCAUUGCUGCCAUCCUGAGGAUCAGAUCCACCCAGGGCCGCCUCAAGGCCUUCUCCACCUGUUCCUCACAUCUCAUCUCUGUGACCUUGUACUAUGGCUCCAUCCUCUACAUCUACUCUCGCCCAAGUUCCAGCUACUCCCUGGAGAGGGACAAAAUGGUGUCUACCUUUUAUACUGUGUUAUUCCCCAUGUUGAACCCCAUGAUCUACAGUCUGAGGAAUAAAGAUGUGAAGGAAGCUCUGAGAAAACUCUUCAAGUUAUCCCAUUCUGAAGUCUAA